CGGUAAUAAAGUUAUUUUACUACUGGUAUUUAAUAAUAAUUAACCACUUUAUGAUUGUUAUCGAACGAAAUUAUUAUAAAUCUAUUAAAAUAAUGUCCGUCUCAUAUAUUUAAAAACUUUUAUAAAGUUGUUAUUUCGAGCCGGCAGUAGCGGUGCCAGGCACAAGUAGCGACACUUUUCGAUCAAACAAACAGAAAAACGAUAAAAUUCGUAUCUAUCGUAAAUUUUGACCGACAAAAACUUAUAAAUACACAAUUUGCUCAAAUUCUUCGAUAGAAUGGUAGAAGACAAAGUAGAAAUGAACAACGACAGCGAAUCAUACACCAGUUUAAACGAAAAUGAUCCCAAAAACGUUCAGGAAUUAACCCAAUAUGUGCAAAGCUUAUUGCAAACAAUCCAAGAUAAAUUCCAAAACAUGUCCGAUCAAAUUUUAACGAGAAUAGACGAAAUGGGCAACAGGAUAGAUGAUUUAGAGAAGAACAUUGGAGAUCUAAUGACGCAGGCGGGGGUAGAAGGCACAGACAAAUAAUAAUUAAUAUUACAGUAUUUUUUUCAACACUUAUCUAACAUUCGUUUCGUUAACCUGGAAUUAAGUAGUUUAAUUUUAGUAAUCUGUUUAUUUGUCUGUGGAUAAAGACAAUUUUUAACUUUGUGUUUGACUAAUUUAAAUAUUUAUAAUAAUAAUAAUUUAUCACAAUUG